UAACCACACUGUAGUACAAUAUUAGUAAUCACUGGUCGUCGUUAUCAGUUCAAACUUCGGUCUUCGAUUGCUCUUAUCCGAGAAAUAAAUAAAAAUUAAAUACACAUUUCAAAUUGAAUUUAUCAUCCCCCGUAGGAAAUUUGUUCGUUUGUAAGCAAUACAUUUAAACUAGUUUCAUUCCGGAUUGACUUUGAAACUCGACGUCGACAAGAUUCGCCACUUGGAGGAAAUUUAUUAUUUCAUAACUUCAAACAACUAAUAUUAAAAACACCACUGCGAUGUCGGACGCUCACGCCACUCCGAUGGCCUGGCAGUACGUUUGUUGUUCACUGCCAAUCUUAAUACCGAUGUCAGUUUACGUGCUUAAGAAGUGUUUCAACAACAGAUAUCGUACACUCAACUCUAAGGUUGUACUUAUUACAGGUGCCAGUUCCGGAUUAGGUGAGACAUUAGCGCAUGAGUUUUAUUCCCAUGGCUGUGCACUAAUUUUAACAGGACGUAGCAGCAACGAAUUAGAACGAGUCAAAAAUGAUUUAUUAAGCCGAAGUGAUAUUAAGAAUGUAAACAAACCAUGUAUUCUCGUCUUGGAUCUUAUUGACCAAUCAACAAUAGAAGUAGUUAGUCAAAAAGUUUUAGGAGUUUUUGGUCGCGUAGAUAUUCUCAUCAACAAUGCUGGCAUCAGCUAUAGAGGUAGAGCCGAGGCAACAAUGGCUGAAGUAGAUUAUAAAGUGAUGUUGGUAAACUAUUUUGGCCAAGUCGCUUUAACUAAAGCCAUAUUGCCUAGCAUGAUUCACCACAAAAGUGGACAUAUAAUAGCAAUUAGUAGUGUUCAAGGAAAAAUUGCUGUUCCAUUUAGAUCAGCUUAUACAGCAUCUAAACAUGCAUUACAAGCAUUUUUUGAUACUCUCAGAGCGGAAAUAUCACAUCAUAAGGUAAAAGUAACAGUUGUAAGCCCGGGGUACAUCCAAACAAAUUUGUCGUUGAAUGCAUUAACUGGAUCUGGAUCAAAAUAUGGUGUUAUGGAUGAAUCUACAAUGUCUGGAUACUCGGCUGAAUAUGUUGCUCAACGAAUAGUGGAUGCUGUUGUUAAUGAUGAACAAGAAGUCAUCAUUGCUCCAUUUUAUGCUCGCUUAGCAAUUGGUCUACGUUAUGUAUGGCCACGAUUUUAUUUUUGGAUUAUGAAAUGUAGGGCUGACCGGCAAGCUAGUCAGAAAAUGUAGGAUUCAAGGAUUCCCCGCCAUCAGACGGACGAGCGUCGGCUACAGCCCGUUAUCGUCGGCAUACGGGAAUCUCACAUUUGACAAACAGCCAGGUUUAGAGUUUAUUAAUUACCACCAUUUUUUUUCACACAAAUUAUAUUGCAAAUAAUAAGUUUAAUUAUAUUAUAAUUUAAGUGAUCUCCUUUUUUUUCUCAUAAAAUUAAUUUUUUUUAUUGUUGAUACAUUUUUGUUGCUUAAAAUGGUGCUUGUUUGUUACACAUUUUGUGUUCUUUUUUUAUUACAUUUAUGACAAUAUUUAUAUAAACUUUUACCACGUUUUUGUUUUUUAUAUAAUCAAUCACUAAUAAUUUACAUAUAAAUUUGAAUGACAACAGCGUAUCGACAAUUACAUUUUAGAAAUCUCAUAUAGCUCAUACAUAUAUUUAUAAGUAGUUCUUCUGAUUUCUGUCAAUUAUUUAUGUAUACUUAAUAGUGACUUGUUGAUAUAGUUAAACCUUAAGUACUGUUAAAUAUUUUUAGUUAUUUUUAGUAUAAUGUUUCAUUAGUCAGUUAAUAUUAGAUUGUAAAUUUAAAUGAUUAAGGAACUAUACCAUUGUAGACGAUAACUCAAUGUGUGCAUAUAUUUAUGAGGAUAAAUUUAGAUGUUUAUUGUUGUUUUUUUUUUUUUAAUGAGUAUUUGUAGCCUUAAAAAAUGUAGAUAUGUUAUAAUGGUAAACAAAACAAAUGAUUGAAACCUACAAUGAAAACUAGUGUACAUUCCCAUAUGUAAUUUUUACGCUUAACAUAUCUUAAAAAUAGACCCUAUGAAUUUAAUUCUUGUCUAGUUUUAAUGUUUUAAAAAUAUUAAUUGACGAACAACUCUCAGAUAGAAUAAAAUAAAUUAUGUAUGUGUAUAAAUGUAGGUUAUUUUAUUAUGUUUUAUUAUUGUCCAUGUUGCUUAUUUUGAAAAUAUCAAGCACAUAUAUAUACAUGUAACUUUAAAUCGUCCAUUGUUCUUAACAUCAAACAUUCAUUGUUUUAGAAAAAGUUUAUGUUAGGUGACAAAAGCUACACACACUAAAUUUAAUUUAUAUAUAGAAUGCAAUUUAUUAUGAUAUACAAUUUUUUAAUAUUGUUUUUCUAAACAUUAUAAUCUUACAACAAUAAAUCACAUACAAUAUUUUAUGUAGAUUGUAAAAUGUUAAGAAAUUUAUUUUGUGAUAUUUUAUCAGUCUAUUCAUAAAACAUUCAUGUUGAUUCAUGUCUGUCAAAAAAAAACUCCAGACAAUGGAAUUCGUAAUUUUGUUCAAUCAUAGAGCUAUACAAUAUGUAGCAAUAUAAUAUUGUGAAUAUACUUCCAAAAUGAGUAAUAUUUAAGUAUAUAGUAUGUUAUAUUCAUAGAAUACAACCUAACUUCAAUAGAUUUUUAAAAAUAUUACGUUCCGUUUGGCAUGCAACGUUCACCCUAAACCAUAGAACGUUUAUAGGUAGUUUUUAGAUAUUAGUUGAACCUUUAGAACAACCUUGUAUUAGAUGGAAAUUUAAAUUUAUUUGUUGCCUUUAAAAUGAAACCUAGUUUUCAUUUACAAAAUACAAGUAUUUAAAAUAUUA